AUCCUCUUUCCGCUUUCGGCCAUGGGCACCCCACAGAAGGAUGUUGUUAUUAAGCAGGAUGCACCAGACACCUUACUAUUGGAGAAGCAUGCAGAUUAUAUUGCAUCUUAUGGCUCAAAGAAAGAUGAUUACGAAUACUGUAUGUCGGAAUAUUUGAGAAUGAGUGGCGUCUAUUGGGGCCUGACAGUGAUGGAUCUCAUGGGGCAGCUUCAUCGAAUGAAUAGAGAAGAAAUUUUAACAUUUAUUAAAUCAUGUCAACAUGAGUGUGGUGGAAUAAGUGCUAGUAUUGGACACGAUCCUCAUCUCUUGUACACACUUAGUGCUGUCCAGAUACUUACUCUAUAUGAUAGUAUUAACGUGAUUGAUGUAAGCAAAGUUGUGGAAUAUGUUCAGAGUCUACAGAAAGAAGAUGGUUCUUUUGCUGGAGACAUUUGGGGAGAAAUUGAUACAAGGUUUUCUUUCUGUGCAGUCGCAACUUUGGCUCUACUGGGGAAGCUGGACGCUAUUAAUGUGGAGAAGGCAAUUGAAUUUGUUUUGUCAUGUAUGAACUUUGAUGGCGGUUUUGGUUGUAGGCCGGGAUCCGAGUCUCAUGCUGGGCAGAUCUAUUGUUGCACAGGAUUCCUGGCUAUUACUAGUCAGUUGCAUCAAGUAAAUUCUGACUUACUGGGUUGGUGGCUUUGUGAACGGCAGUUACCAUCAGGUGGACUCAAUGGAAGGCCAGAGAAGCUACCAGAUGUAUGUUAUUCAUGGUGGGUAUUGGCUUCCCUGAAAAUAAUUGGGAGACUUCAUUGGAUUGAUAGAGAGAAGCUGCGAACUUUCAUCUUAGCAUGCCAAGAUGAAGAAACAGGAGGAUUUGCAGAUAGGCCUGGAGAUAUGGUGGAUCCUUUUCAUACUUUAUUUGGAAUUGCUGGAUUAUCACUUUUGGGAGAAGAACAAAUUAAACCUGUUAGUCCUGUUUUCUGUAUGCCAGAAGAAGUGCUUCGGAGAGUAAAUGUUCAGCCUGAAUUAGUGAGCUAGAUACUUAGUGCAAGAGUUGCUCAAUAUACUUUUCCCAUAUUAAUAAUUGUUAUGUAUUUAAGAAGUGCUUAUCAAACAUAACUACUAUGUUAAUAUUUUGUAUAGGAUUGUGUUGAUCUUAAUAAAUUAUAAUUAUACAUAUUGUAAAAUAAAAGACUAUCUUCAACUGUA